AUGACUGAGAUUUCCACCUGCACGGCUUGGCCAGGAUGGCGGGCUACUACCUGCGUGGAGAUGGGAGCGAAGCAACAGCUGCCGCCCGGAAAGAAGGCCGGACGCCCCGGAUUCACAUGUUCACGGAUGGAUGCGGGAAGCAGUACAAGGGAAGGCGGAAUUUCCGCUUCUUGGCCGACAGCGUGCGGCAAAUCGGCUUCUUCAUCGACCACCACUUCGCGGCCACAUCUCACUUCAAAGGUUGCCAUGAUGGGAUCGGCGGAGUCGCAAAGAACGCCAUGAAGUGGAGGGAGAGAUUUGGCAAGCGAAUCAUGGGGGCGGACGGGGUGGUCAGCUCUUCGCGAAGCUUCUUUCGGGAGGAGGCAGGCAGCGAGGGGGAGGAGAGUAUGCGGAGGUACUUGGCGAAGUGGUCUCCGUACCGCAUGCGGAGGGUGCAAGUCGAGUUUAUCGGCAAGAAGGAGAUAUAUCGGCCAAACUCGGUCCUGGCAGGCAUGUAGAGGGUAUACGAGACAUGUACCACUUCGCGGGAGCAAACACUCCCAAGUGGGAUGGGUUCACCACGACCGAGGGACUCGAAAAUGACUGCAAGCUGGUACGAAAGCGCGAGGGGUGGGGUAGCUUGUCGAGUCAAGAGAAGAGCAAGUUGGUGGAAGUCAAGGUAUUGGGUGCAGUAGCGAGCAGAUGAAAAGGGCAAGGAGGCUGGGUCACAGGACCCGGUGUCGGAGGAGGAAGCCGUGACUUGCAGAAAGGUGAAACGGACGUACAGGCUCAGGACUCGGCUGGCGUCGUGCUUCUGCUCGGCGUGCCAGCGUUGCGAGUAUGAGCAGUGCUACGUCAGCAAGACGUACCCACGUCUCGUUCCCGCAUUGCAGGAGGGCGAAGUGAAGGAAACGGUGAUCACGAAUACUGGAGUAGCGCCCGUAGACGAAGAUAACUCCCGGGGGAUCAAGUUCGGGAGUAGGAAGAAGGAAUGCAACAUGAAGAGAGUUACUGGGACACAACGGCAGGAAUGCGAAUCUGCUGCUGCGUCAAAGAUUUGGGAAGAUCUUAGUAGGAAGGAAGAGCUCAAUAUUUUUGCAGGUUUCGGCAGGUGGGCUGGAUCUUAAGGGAUGUGCUUCUUGUAUUUGCUUGUGGAGCAGUAGGUGGGGUUCAAAGCCCGUUUGAGGUACAACUUGGGGGU